AUGUAUGUAUCUCUGGCGUCAUUCUACCUGGAAACAACCCCAGGACCGAUUGACGAAGGCAUUUCGGACUUCAAGAUCUGCCAAAAUAAAUCUGCAGCCAGCAUGCAUCAACCGAAUGCUUCGAAGGUGGCACCAAGCGGUUGGACAGAGAGUAACACAAUCUUCAGAGGAUCAGUAUUGAUGCGUCUUCAUCUUUCGAGGCGAUAUUACUCGUUUUCCAGAGUCCCCAGAUCCAGAGAAGUCGUACUACUUACAGGAGCACUCGGAUUGCCUUUGGCAACGGGACUAGGAGUUUUCUGCUUCACCCGAAGUUUACACCACCAUAAGAUGAAUUCCGUUAAAGAACUGGAGAUUAAGGAUCCGGAGUUUUCGGGAUUUCGAUUACUUGUCUGUAAACCUCCUUAUAUCGAGAAUGCUGAGAUGAAACAGUACUUUUUGCUGCCUGGUGAGAUAGCCAGAGGCGCCGAAGAGGCACGCCUUGCAUUGCGUGAUCGUCUGCAUCCUGAAGAUGUUAUAGUUGCCAGCUAUCCUAAGUCAGGUACUACUUGGUUAUCGGAGUUGGUAUAUUUACUCGUAACCAAUCUGAAUUGGUCAGCGGCGGCUGCGCACAAUCUGGAGGAACGUGUGCCUUACCUUGAAUAUGUGUGGCCCGGGCCUAUCUCUGUGGCCCGGCGAGCUGUUCCACGAAUAAUCAAAACGCACCUCCCAUUUACGUUUCUACCUGAAGAGGUUCAGUUAGGGAAGGCCGCUCGUCUGAUCUACAUUGUACGUGACCCGCGUGACGUGGCUGUAUCUUAUUACCAUUUCGCCCGGUGUUUCAUCCCUGCUGGUUACCGCAACAAGGAAGGACUUCAGGGUUUUGUUGAGCGAUUUCUGCAGGACAAACUACCAUAUAGUCCGUGGACGGAGCAUGUCAAAGGAUACCUAAUGGCAGCUGCAACAAGAUCCGCAAAAGUUUCGCCCAGAGUUCUUAUUGUCCGCUAUGAGGAAUUGAAGUGCGACCCGAUGAAAACUGUCAGAAAAAUCGAAGAAUUUUUGCAUCAAACAAAAAAUCCAAAUCCAACACCUCCAGCGCGGAAGUUGACAGACUCUGAAGUUACUCAAGUCGUUCAACACUGUUCCUUCGAAUCAAUGUCCAAAAACCCAAGUACAAACUUUUCAUGGCUACAGGAGCUCGGGCUAUGGACUCCUUAUACGAAGUUUAUGCGCCGGGGCCAAAUUGGGGAUCAUCAAACAUCUAUGCACCCAAAACAGGCUGAACUAAUCAAGAGGAAAGCAUUAGCAGAAGGCCUAGGUUGGACCUUAAAAGAAGUUGUUACCUCAUCAUCGUGAUGUCCACGUCAACAAAGUCAGCGAGUUUAGCAACAUACCUCAUACUACGAGGAGCAUCGCGGUAACCACACACUACAAAACGCAACUGUAGUAAACUAAGUGAACCGACUCAUCUCACCCAGGUUACUAAAUGGAAGGCUGACGGAAAACAGUCGGACGGUGAGAAACCGUAUCAUAGACAAGGCAUUCAACGGUAUAACACUCGAAUUCGGAGAACCGAACGGCCAAUGGGCUUGCGCGUAACCGAACCACAAGGCAUGAUUCGUGCACUGAACAGAAAACAUGGUCACUUUGGUCUGGAUCAGGUCUCAAAUAACCAUUCAUAAAUGAACAGGUGAAACCGCAUGCAUACUGCCGUAAUCUCGGUGACAGCAACAGCCAUUUCGCCAUUUUUGCAAUGUAAUUUUCAAACUGACACGGAAUUUUCUAAUCUGUCUACAUUAUUGAGCCAAAGUGUUGUUUUGUGUUUUAUGCAAGAACCAUUAACAAAAUCACACCCCUGAUUCCCAUCCAGUAGAAUACAUUUGCUGUGUAUUCACAAUUUAUUCACAAAAGAAUUGCUGGUAGAAGUCAGUCAGUCUUUUGCGCAGAGAAACCGCCGAACGCCCAGUGAAUUAGGUGGGCCACGACUAGGACGUUAACACUAUUGCCUAGGAGGCGGAUGCGCUGCUUUUCGGUGACGUCUUCUGGAAAAGCUGAAAUAAGUGGGAAAACAAUUGAACCAAUACGAGUUGAAAAAUGGUGAAAUUCAGUAUAGCAUAAAAGUAUUGCGUCAAAGUACGGUAAGUGAAGUUAAUCUCCUGUUACGCUCGUGAUAU